GUGACGCGUCAUUUUAGUUUAUUAUUAUGGCAAGGACGGUACAAACCCCACUUGUUUUAUCUUCAUCGUUUACUAUAUAAUCAACCCUUACCCAUUUCCAAACAACUAAAUUAAAUAUAAACAACCUCCUCUUCUUUUCUCUUCUUCAUCUUCUAGUUCUACCAACUCUUUUUUUUGUUUUUGUUUUAGUUUUAGUUUUAUAGCGUUUAAGUAUUAGUAUUACAAUACCAACUUACCCAAACCGCCAUGGGAACUCAGGUUUUGUACCCUCAGGAAUAUUUUUUCAUACCUACUCCGGUGUCGCUUUCCCACCGGAGCAACCACUACGGCUACAACAACAACCGUGCAGUGACUUCGAGGUCUUACCGGAAGCCGGUUACCCGACCAGACCUAAAGAAACGGGAUACUACUUUGGUCUUGAAGAGAUCAAGCGCUGAUGAUUCAGUAACUGGGAAGAGCAGGGAAAAAGUAACGAUUCUUCGUAGGGGUAAAUCUCUUGAUUCAUCGCUGGAAGCAGUGAAGAGCGACAAGUACGCUGGAUCUGCGUUCUCGGUGUCACCGUCGCCAAGCGCGCUUCCUCUGCCAUCUUUUCUGAUGAAGAAACAGUUCUCAGCGACGGUUGAUGACUCUGCGACGCGAGAUCUAAGGCGUCUGCUUCGACUUGAUUGAUCCACAUCAAACCGGGUUGCGAUUCCGGGUUUUGGAUCGGGUCGAACCCGUUACACGAUUCAUAUGUUGAUCCGUUUCUUUCCUCCUCUCUUACUGGUCUCCGUUACCGUAACUAUGCUACCGGUUUCAAGUUCUGAUCCGAUCGUGAUUUUUUGAAACGAAAGGAUGGAUCUGAAAUUGGGAUGACUUGUUGUCUAAAUGGUUUCGAGUAGGGUACUUACUAUAGCUAUGUGUAUGCAUCUUGUGCAGCUCUGUUUCAAUUUGUCUAAAAGAUUAAAAGGUUAAUGUAAAAAAUUAGGCCUGUAAUAUCAGUUUAAGCUUAAUUUAAGAAAAUGUUAAAUAAAAUUUUAAUUCCUACGCA